AUGUCGGACCAACAACACCAUCAGGAUGCCACGCGAACCCUCUCCUUGGGAACUGGCCAGGGUCAGUUCGACCCCCUGGACCUUCCCCUCCGCCAAGUAACCAAUGAUGCGAACAUGGAAGAGUACACCGCGGAGACUGCGACGGGAGAGAUCAUCAAGCCAGUCAAAUCUUCCGCUACCGGCAAGGUAGAGGACUGGAAGCUGGUCACAUUCAAAGUCGAUGAUCCCGAGAACCCAAAGAACUGGUCCAAGGCCUACAAAUGGUACUGCACUAUGAUCGUCUCGUUCACAUGUUUCGUCGUCGCCUUCGCCAGUAGUGUGAUCACGGCCGACCUUGAAGGGCCAUCCGAGGCCUUCAAUGUCUCCCAUGAAGCCAGUCUUGUUACGGUUACGGUCUUCGUCAUUGGUUUUGGUGUCGGCCCUAUGGUGUUUGCUCCUCUUUCGGAAAUGGUUGGACGCAGGCCUGUUUACGCUGUUACACUCCUAAUUGCGGUUAUCUUCGUCAUACCUUGCGCGGUUUCCAAGAAUAUUGGUACCCUUAUCGUCUGCAGAGCUAUCGAUGGUAUCGCGUUCAGUGCUCCAAUGACGUUGGUCGGCGGUACUCUGGCUGAUCUGUGGAGGAAUGAGGAACGUGGUGUCCCCAUGGCUGCCUUCUCUGCCAGCCCUUUCAUCGGUCCUGCUAUCGGUCCUCUUGUCGGUGGUUAUCUCUGCCACGCUGGUUGGAGAUGGCUUUACUGGAUCCAGCUCAUUCUGGCCUUUGUUGCCUGGGUCCUGAUUACUUUUACUGUCCCGGAGACCUAUGCGCCAAUGAUUUUGCAGAAGAGAGCAAAGAAAUUAAGGAAGACUGAAAACGAUCCGAAGUACGUCACAGAGACAGAAUUGGACGCGCGCCCCAUGGGCGAAAAAUUGCGUAUCUUCCUCCUCCGCCCAUUCCAGCUCCUGUUUUUGGAACCCAUUGUUCUGUUCAUCGCCAUUUACAUGUCCGUCUUGUAUGGCUUGCUAUACAUGUUCUUCGUUGCCUAUCCCAUUGUCUACCAAAAAGGAAAGGGAUGGGGCUCCGGUCCUACUGGUCUGAUGUUCAUCCCUUUGGCCAUUGGUGUCUUGGGUAGCGCUGCCUGUGCUCCUCUCGUCAACAAGCACUAUCUUACACUUGUUAAGAAGCACGGUGGAAAACCUCCAGCUGAAGCGCGUCUGAUCCCUAUGAUGCUUUCAUGCUGGUUUAUCCCCAUUGGUCUCUUUAUCUUCGCCUGGACGUCCUACCCCAACAUCCACUGGAUUGGCCCUUGCAUUGGUGGCUUCCCCGUUGGAUUUGGCUUCAUCUUCUUGUACAACUCUGCGAACAAUUACCUCGUGGAUACAUACCAGCAUCAGGCAGCCUCUGCCCUUGCCGCAAAGACUUUUCUCCGUUCCAUGUGGGGUGCUUCCACAGUAUUGUUUACGGAGCAGAUGUAUGACCGCUUGAACGACCGAUGGGCCAGCUCAUUGCUAGCCUUCAUUGCCCUCGCUUGCUGCGCGAUCCCCUACGUCUUCUACUUCAAAGGCGCUUCCAUCCGUCGGUACUCGAAGUUUGCCUUCUCCGACGACGAGGAGCAGCAGGGACCAGGAGAGAAGCACUAG